AUGUCAUCUCGCGCACAGCUUCAGAGUUCAGACUGAGAACUAGAUCUUAACCAACACGUUUAGAGCCGUGGGAAAAUAUUCAAAUAACAUUCAGAAACUCGAUUACAAUUCUUCUUACAGGUCUUGCGAAUUUUGCUUGAACAUUAGUGUCUGCGAAAAGUCCUGAAAUAUUCUUUCUCUUGGGAUUUGAACUUCGUCCAGGUGGUUUGCUUGUCCCCUCCUUCCAAAGGGGUGUGAGAACUGGCCCCGCGAUGCGGUCGCUUCUCCCGCUCACUGUGUAUUGCAUCAGCCUGCUAUCGUUCCAGCUCCUCGCUCUCCCUGUGGACCAUCUAGAGAGGAACAGGUUGGACCUUCUCAAAAAGCUCCAUGCCCUGAGAGAGGAGGACCAGAUCUUCACCCCGGAGUUAGAUACCGACCCGGCCAGCCCUUCAGACUCCAGCCCUCCACCAGCCGUCCACGACUCCACAAGAUGGCUGCCAGGUUUCCUCAGAGACACACCAUCGUCCAGCGAUAUGAAAGAGGCCGUGCAAGUUCGGGCGUUGGCGUGGGCGCGUGGCGCCACAGGCUUGGAGACCCAGCGGAGGCCGUCAAGAGGUCGUCGUCACGCCCACCAAGGUUCAAAAGGGGGUCACCACCACCACGCCCAGCUGAUGCGAGUGGGGUGUGUCCUGGGAACCUGCCAGGUACAGAACCUUAGCCACCGGCUCUACCAGCUGAUUGGCCAGAGUGGGCGAGAAGACUCCUCCCCCAUUAACCCCCGGAGUCCACAUAGUUACGGAUGAGCUGCAGACAAAGUCUCUCCAAACACCCCAGCAAGUUCAUCUUUCUAGAUAUUUACAUUUUCCUUUCAGUAGUAUUUGCAUCACAGUUUGUUGUAGUCCAUACUUUGUCACCAACAAACUUGUUGCAGCUUCUUCUUUUUUUCAAACAACCAUUUCCAUGCCUUACUGCUCCUGUACUAAGACAUCACUAUGCCGUCUAACAAGGAGGAUUACAACCCACUAACAAGACUGAAACCCAACACAAACAGGACUCCUCUCACCAGCUUGGGAAACCAUGCCAAGUCUCCAGAACCUCUGAAGGACACUCCCUCCUGACUCGUCAAUAAGUUUAAUCCUGUUCAUGGAAGGAUAAAGACCUGUCCACUCAGGGCCGGCCUCUCGCUUCAACACCAGCAGACACUUGGCCCUGCACCUCCCCAGCAGCAGUUAGCCUCCUGCCCAUUGAUCAAACACUUAAGCCCCUAAUGUGGAUUUGAACCUGUGUCGGGAUCUGAUCCUUGUCAGAAGCGAUUUGUUACCCAAAGAUCUGACGAAACAACCAAAUGAACCCUUUUACCUCUUAUCCUUCUGACACCAACCCCCCACCCUCCCAUAUUAGGGACCAUAUUUGACACUGGACUGGCCACUGAUAUCCAGACCACCAGCUACCAUUAUAGACCACACAGCCACAAUCCUUCCCCUCACCCUCACCUGAACACACAAGGUUCAAGGGGUCUUUGUGUGAUUAUGAAUGAGUCAUUAUGGUGUCAUUUCAAUGAGGUGCUAGUCCAAACAUCAUGUAGCAGAGGCAGGUAGAUUAGUACUCGUCCCCCCCAACCACAGUCAAGCGGUCUUUAAAAUAUUAUCCCCCUUCACGUGAUUCAUAAGUUCUCCCUGUAAGCCAUGACUUUAGUUAGAGGGCAUUUUCACACACUCACUCAGGGCCUUGUUUGAUGUGACUUAUAAACACACUCUGCCUUGACCAGUCAAUAGGGGACCAAAAGCCAUCGUAAAUCUGGCCAACCCCAACCUAACCCUGCCACCGACAGCAUUCUGACUUUGGUGUAACAUAAUUCUGGAAAAUUUGGAUACCCCAAGUCCAUUGAAGGACAACUGGCUUACCAACAUUGUUAGUGUUGGUAUGCCCAUUGUUAGUGAUGUUUAGCGAGGUUCAUAAUGAGAGACUAUGGAGACCAAAAUGUAGGGGCAGGAGUGCCAGAUUUUAAAUUUGUUCGCUAAAUACCAUACAUGCCGUAAAAUUUGCCCCAAGAGAGCUGAAAUGGUGGGUGGACUCCAUCUCUAAGAAUAACAAAAACAAGCUGCAUUCAGUCAACGUCCCACAAUUUCGUCACAAACACGUUAUUUGACAGUCUCGAAAUAUAACUUACAAAAUGGCCAUGGCUGGAUCAACCCCUUUUAUGAUUUCAACGUUGUGUGGUCCAACAAAGACUCAAGUUGAAAGGAUUUCAAUAAUCCUUUACACUUCAAGUUUUUAUGAGCUUUCCAAACCUCUAACAUAUAAUCCUGAUUUACUGAAUGUGAUCUUUCAUAUUACAGUUAGAAUACAGGUCAAUACAUAAAGUCACUUUUAUAUUCCUCAUUAAAUGAUCACGUGUGCAUUUUUUAAGUCGUUUUGACAGCAAAAAUUUUGACAGCAAAAACCUGCCAUUGCUUGCCAAAAUCGAAUUCAAUUUGAGUGAUCGACAUCAAGCUGUCAUGUUUUUCUCUCCUCACCAGUCCGUCUUGUCUGGCUUUGUGCCUUUUGACUGAAUUAUUUUAAUCAAUACUGGUCAUUUUUACGACCAUUUCUUUUAAUUUAGUUUGAUUUCAACAUCUCAUUUAAUCUCUUUCUCUCUCUCUCUCUCUCUCUCUCUCUCUCUCUCUCUCUCUCUCUCUCUCUCUCUCUCUCUUUCUCUCUCUCUCUCUAAUGAUGAUGGUGACAGGAGGUCGCAGGUCAUAAUUCAGUCGUUUCUUGACCUGAAGGCUAAUCUGUUCAAAGACUUGCUGAGGCACACAUGCCAUUCUCUCUGCUGUAAUGGAGCUAAUCAAUGUCUCGUGACGGAUCAUUAAAAAGCUUUUCAAAUGCUGAGAACUUUGGGUGAAUCUCUCUACUUUCUACUCCAGUAUUGUCACACGCAUCACGUGUGUGAGGCCGCGCGCACGUGUUCCUGCUCAGCCCGACAUGAACAGUGUCUAUGAGGACCCAAUCUUCUGUGUUUGACCUUUGUUGUAGACGUUUCAAUUUGCUCAGAAAACACUGUUUGCCUUUGUGUGCUUUUGUGACGUGGUUAGGCGUAACGUUGCGUCAACGGGCAGAUCAGGAGCACUUUUAUGCAGCUUAGCGCUGUGUUUGUCUGGGUCAACUACGUAGGAUCUGCUGAGUGGUGGCAGUCUGGCCACUUCUACCUCCCCUCGUGUGUCCAGUAAACCCAUUCACACAGAAGUGUGUUCACGUGUGUGUGUAUGUGAGUGUGUAUGUUUGUAGGUAUUUGUGAGGUAGUCAUCCUUUUCAGGAUCAUCCAGUUUGCUGUCACUCACUCUUAAUUUGUGUUGUCCCUAUGAAACAUAAACAUGUCAUAUAUAGGUUAGGGUCACAGCAGAGCACUUUACAUGUUGUUAGUUCCUCGCAACUUGAAUUUUCAAUCUUUGUAAUAAAAUGUGUGCACGGAAGAUGAGAAUUGUAAUGUAUGUAUUGCAUUUGUUAAGGAUCUGUACAAAUGUAUUUUGUGAAGAUGUAGUGGAACACUCCAUGGGGGUGAGAGCAUGACAGUGACUAUUAUGAACACUUGUGUAUGUGUAUAUAUAUAUAUGUCUUAGUCAUACUAUUUAAAAAAAGUUACGUAUUUAAGUUAUCUUUGUAUGUUCAUAUCUGUGUGUCACCAAAGACUCUAUUUAUCUCGUAUUUUCCACACUUUUGUAAGGUGGCCCUAAUGGUGGAAAAGGUUAGUUAAAUGUUACUGUCAGAGUAUGUCCCUCAUUCUGUGAAAAAUAAAGAAUUCCACUGUAGUGA